GAUCAACCAUCGACAAAUUUGCAGAUCAUCAUCACCAAAGCCUCAACUUCAACACAGUGAGUGUGUCAUUUUGUGUCUCAAACGGUAUGUAUUUUCUCUGACAAUCUUUUAAAUCGAUUUUAUCUUUAAAAACAUAAUUGCAGGAAAUGUUUUUGUAACAGACGUUUGCAAAAACUAUUGCAAAAAUAGACUAUGAUUCAUCUUACUAUCUUAUAUCUAUCCUGAGACGAGACGCAUCCACUUUUGACAAACUUAAAUCUAUUUUUUUUAUUCUUUCUCAGUGGCAAUGUCUGGCGCCCCAGUGUCCGCCCUCUGUCUGCUGUUCCUGCUAUCUGUGUGCACUGCCUGCUACAUCUCCAACUGCCCCAUAGGAGGCAAGAGAUCAGCACUAGACUUCCCAUCCAGAAAGGUACCCAGUCAUUCUCAGCAGUUCCACUUUGUUACUGUUUAUUGUAACUGUGUGUCUGUUAUAGAGUUAGAUUGGUGGCUGCCUGCCAUAGAGGCUUGCCUCUUAGCUUCGAAGGGUUGGGAUUGCACAUUUAAGUCAAAGGUUAUUGUAUGUCAAUAUUGUAUAUUGUAUUUUACUGGGUUUUUUGUUAACCACAAAGCUUAAAACCACUUCCCUUUUCUAUAAGUAAAUCACUUUUAUCUAUAAAAACAAUGUAACUUUAUGUUUCCUAUUAUCUUUCCAGUGCAUGUCGUGUGGCCCCGGGGACAGGGGCCGCUGCUUUGGCCCCAGUAUCUGCUGUGGGGAGGGGAUGGGCUGCUACGUGGGCUCCCCAGAGGCAGCUGGUUGUGUGGAGGAGAACUACCUGCCCUCUCCCUGUGAGGCCGGAGGAAGAUUGUGUGGCUCUGAAGAGCGACGUUGUGCUGCGCCAGGGAUUUGCUGUGACGUGGGUAAGACCAAGACUACUCUCCUGUGUUCCUGUAUAGCAACUGUUUCUAUCCAUACUGAAUGAUUCUGCAAAAUAGCAAAAAGCCUUGCAUGCAGUAGGGUUUGUUUUUCUAUUUAUUGCUCGUUGUGGCAAUUUCAAUAGACCAUUUAAUUGUUAAUAGCAUGUGCCAAGCUCUUGUGGUAUUGAAUACAUUCUUAUUGUCAGCUAGCUAACUAUUUGUUCCAAGAUCACUUAUUAAGAGUUCAGGAAUAAAUGUGGUGUUGUAUAGCCAUUGGCCAAAGUCAAUGGUAAAACUGUACAAAUUAACUGUAUUGCUUGUGAGUUCACCUGGAUUCAGUUUGAUAUUGUAGGUUACAGUUGUGUGACAGAUUGUCUAUUUGUACCUUUUCUCUUUUAGAGGGUUGUAGUAUUGACCAAUCCUGUUUUGAGGACGAAGCUGCCGAAUACAUAAGCCAAUCAGAGAGCAGUAGCCAUGACAACGAUCUGCUGAUGAAGCUACUGCACAUGAUUAGCCACACCCCUCCCCACAGAGUCCACCAAUAAAACAGCCUCUAGGGGUUUUCAGGGACAGUCCUGAGUUGAAGGACAGUGUAAAGAAAUCUGUAACAUCUUUCAAUGUCAGAGGCAUACCUGCAGUAUGUACAUACAUUUUCUAUAGCAGAUAGAUAUAGACGUAAAAUCUGAGUUUUUGCUUGUAACUGCUUGUGUAAUGGCUUGUGCUCUGAGACAAAUAAAGCUUACUGUACAAAAACAUAA